AUGAAACCAAAAGGUCAACUUCCUCCCGGCCCACGGGGAUGGCCAAUCAUUGGAAACAUCCUCCAAAUGAUCAUGAACCGACCGGCUCACUUGUGGAUCCACCGUGUCAUGGAAGAACUGCAAACGGAGAUAGCUUGCUUCCGCUUUGCCAGUUUCCACGUCAUCACCGUAACCUCAAGCGAGAUUGCCCGUGAAGUGCUUAGGGAAAAAGACGAGGUUCUUGCAGACAGGUCAGAGUCUUACGCCAGCUAUCUCAUAAGCAAUGGCUAUAAGGGCAUUACUUUCACUUCCUACGGAGAGAACUGGAAGCUGAUGAAGAAAUUGAUGACCACCAAGCUUAUGUCCCCGACAACAUUGAGCAAAACCCUCGGUUACAGAAACAUAGAAGCGGAUAAUAUUGUCACAUAUGUCUACAAUCUAUGCCGACUAGUGACGAAGCCGAUUAACGUGAGGGAUACGAUCUUAACUUAUUCCCACGCCGUGAUGAUGAGGAUGAUGUUUGGCCAGAGGCAUUUUGAUGAAGCUGUAGAGAUCGGCGGUCUCGGGCCAAAAGAGAAAGAGCAUCUGGACGCAAUAUAUCUAGCUCUUGAUUGCUUUUUCAGCUUCAACUUAGCAAAUUACAUCCCUUUUCUUAGUGGGUGGAACGUAGAUAAAGAGGAGAAGGAGGUAAGAGAAGCGGUUCAUAUAAUCAACAGAUGUAACGACCCGAUCAUCCAAGCCAGAAUACGUUUAUGGAGGAAGAAAGGCGGAAAAGCUACGGAAGAAGACUGGCUCGAUAUCCUCAUCACGUCAAAAGAUGAUCAAGGAAUGCAUUUGUACACAUUUGAUCAGAUUAGGGCUCAAUGCAAGGAAAUCAAUUUAGCAACAAUUGACAAUAUGAUGAAUAACGUGGAAUGGACGAUAGCGGAGAUGUUGAAUCAUCCAGAGAUUCUUGAGAAAGCCACAAAUGAAUUGGACAUGAUAGUUGGGAAAGACAGACUUGUGCAAGAAUCAGACAUACCAAAACUCAACUACAUCAAAGCUUGUAGCAAAGAAUCUUUUCGUCUUCACCCUGCUAAUGUGUUCAUGCCUCAUCAUGUAGCCCGAGAAGAUACUACCCUCGCGGGUUAUUUUGUUCCCAAAGGUAAUUAA